UUCGUGAGCGCUCGGACCAUAUUUCCAAUUCGCACUAAUGAAAGCUUAUUUUCUCGCUUAUCCUCUUUUCCCCAGCUAUCCCAAAUGCAUCUCUGCAAUGUUGCCCUGCCAAAUUGCCCAGAUUAAAUUCUCGAAUCAUAUCGUCAUACUUCAUACCCAUCAUCAUCAACCUAUUGAUCCACCACAUUCAAUACCAAACCAUCAACACCGAUAAUCUCUACCGGCUCCACACAUCAAAAACCAUCAUCAAAAACCCCAAAGACUAAACCAUAGCAACCAUGCCCACUACCCGGCGCAGCCACGGCCCCGCGCAAAAAGGCACCCAAAGAACCCUCUCCUUCAACAACUCCACCAAAAUAACCAAAGCCAGCACACCCUCCGCCCUCACAACCAAAAACUCCCUCACCAACCUCUCAUCUCUCAAUCCCUCAAAACCUUCCCCAGAAAUUAAAGAUGUCACAACCGCAACCAACGAACCCGCACCAAGCAGCACACCCCGACCCUCCCAAACCCUCCCCAAACCCUUAACCGCAGAGCAAGAACGCCAGAAUGAACUCGCCUCCCAAAUAACCGAUUCUAAAAUUCGUAAAUAUUGGAAGGGACGCGAGGAGUUAAGAUUAGCACCUAGAGUACAUCAAAAAGAUUUGGAUAUCAGUGAGAAGAUAUUAAGGGAAUGGGAUGUCAUGAGUCAAUAUGGUGUAUGUAUUUUAUUUACCAGCUUUUCAUUAUAUCCUCACUUGUAACCUCAGCCUUCAUGCAAGUUAUCUCCUCCACCCAUUAUCUCAAUCUCGAUUAAGAUUCAGUAUAAAAACUAGACACUAAUACCCCCAAAAGCCAGCAAUAGGUAUCACCCGCACCAAACGCUGGCACCGCGCUUUCAAACUCGGUCUUAACCCCCCAAUCGAAAUUCUAGCCGUCCUCCUAAAAGAAGAAGAGAAGAAAAAUACAGCAGUAGAACGAGCAUAUAUCGAUGAAUUAAUGGGCGCUAAGGAAGUCAUUGGCGGGGAUGCGGUUUAAAUCUAAUCUUGGGGCUACGAUUAGAAGCCGGAAGAGGUCAAAGAAAGAUCCAGUGUGCAUGAUCAAAAGAGCAGAUUGCAAACGAUUGAAGGGGAGCAUGGCAAUUCCCUCACAUUAAAAAGAGAAGAAGAAAAUGAUAAAAAUGGGUAUACGAUAUGAUAGGACACAAUAUGACACAAUCUGGCAGGGUUUCCUGAUAACAGGAUGACUUACACACACGGCGUAGGGCUAGGCGCCUAGGUUUACCUAUUUUACGGCUUCUCAUACCGAUUGAUUUUCUUCUUAUUCGCACGAAUACAAAGAGAAGAUCUGGUUUCAUAUAUAGAAAGGAGUUUUCAGCUGUGGAUAGAUAGUGCAUGUGGAUAGGAUAGCAGAUACCUAGUUCUAUUUGGCUACAGCUUGAAGUAAAUUGCACAUCAUCAUGAAGUGAGGGUUCAAUCCAGCUUCAAUAAACCCAUCAUAAUUUCACAGA